AGGAACAUGAUUUUCGAUCAUCAACUUCUUCAACAUGACAACAUCAAGAAUAACCGGAGUUCUGUCUCAGCUCCUUUUAACGGCUGUGAUCUCUCCGUUGUUGGCGGUUUCAAGUUUAUCAGACGGUGGAGAUCAUGAGAGGUUUAAAAGAUGCGAUCCUCUCAACAGCUUUAGAUAUUACGACGGAGGUUUUGAUGUUCGAAACAAACAUUAUUGGGCAGCUACUGCAUUUACGGGAAUCCACGGUUACGCCGUCGCUGGAGUCUUGAUUAUUGCUGGUGUAUGUUUGGGACUGUACGUAGCUUUCUCCAAGAAAAGGAGACGCGUUUCUUCAUGGCGCCACCGUUAUCUCGACCGUUAUUAUCUUCCUCUGUUCUUACUUCUCCUCCUCUUCAUGUUUCUCUCCAUGGCAACGACAGGGAUAGUGAUAGCAGCGAACCAGAAGUCGAAGAACAAAACAGAGGAGAUGAAAGAAACCAUAGACAAAGCAGGAGAAGAUGUUGAUCAUAAUAUCCGUACAGUGAUAGUGUCGUUAACGAAGAUACAGUACUUGUUGCUUCCAUACGAUCAGAAUACGACUCAUCUUCUCAAUGUCACUACUCAUCGACUCGGAAAAGGAUCUCGCCUUAUUCAAUCCUUCCUUCACCAUAACGGUCGUUCCAUUGAUCUAGCCAUCAAAAUCUCGUAUGUCUCUCAUCUUAUGAUUGCAUCGACCAACUUGUUCCUUCUGCUUCUAGCCUUUGUACCUCUAUUGCUUCACUGGCACCCUGGAUUCUUCAUGGUGAUAUUCUUGUGUUGGAUCAUAACAACUCUUUGUUGGGUUCUAACUGGAUUCGAUUUCUUUAUUCACACCUUCGCAGAGGACCUUUGUUCAGCUUUCAAUGGUUUCGUACAAAACCCACAAAACAGCACACUGACUAAUCUUUUCCCAUGUAUGGAUCCUCUUCAUUCUGAUAAAACCCUAAUCGAGAUAAGCUUGAUGAUUCAUAACUUCAUCACCGAGUUAAACUCAAAAGUAGCAGAGUCAAUGCGUUCUAAUGCGUUGGCUGAUCGGAGCAAUACUGUCUCGUGGGCUCCUGAAUCUGGAAUCAUAUGCGAUCCGUUUGGCGGACAACAAAUUAACAGUUACAAACCACAAAGCUGCUCCAAUGGCGCCAUUCCAAUCGGCGAAUUCCCAAAUAUUCUUUCGAGAUUCACAUGCCACGACAAAGAUCCCCCGGAAACUUGCAGAAUCACCGGGAAAUUCAUCCCGGAAGCAGCUUACCUAAAGGUAUAUGCUUACAGCAACUCAGCACAAGGCAUGCUAGACAUCUUGCCUUCUCUUCAAAACCUAACAGAAUGCCUUGCCGUGAAAGACACGUUAUCGAGCAUCGUCUCUAACCAAUGUGAACCCUUUAGGGCUUCGAUGUAUGGCCUUUGGGCAUCGAUCCUUGCCCUGUCUCUUAUCAUGGUGGUUCUAGUUUUGCUCUUCCUCGCCAAAGCUUUGCAGGAGAAAGGAAAGAGUUUUGCUUGGUUUUCGAUUCAUCCAACUUCUUCUGCAGAAAUACGACAAAACACAAAAGUGUUUCCGAUUUGGUGUUUGCUUCGGAGAAAGCUAAGAGAGUUGAUAAUUUCUGAGAUUAUAUACAUGUCGGGAUAUUCGGCUUCUGCCAGUCUCCGAGGAUUUUCAGGAGGUUGCAGAUAUUCAUUCCUUACUAUUGUUUGGACCGUCGUCGGUUUAUUCCUGGUGGCUCAUCUUAUCUCGCUGUAUAGCAGAAAAGAUAACAUUCAUCAACAACAAGUUUCUUCUGAUCAGUUACAAUUAGUACAUCAUCAGCAUCCUGUUGUUCGUGAACUUGUAAGAGUUGAAGAAGAGAUCCUGAGAAUGCCCCCACCUAGGAAGCGUUCUCCUCGUACUACUAAACGGAGAUCGAGAAAACCGAUCCCUAUGGUUGAAGAGUUUCUUGAUGAGAAGUCACCAAUUCGGCAUGUUUUCUUUCCCGGUAUGAAAACUGCUGCUUUUGGUCCCACCAAGGAUAUGGGAAACGAGACAUCGUAUUACUUCCCCGGGAAAAUUUGGAUGGACACAGAAGGGAAUCCAAUUCAAGCACAUGGCGGAGGGAUUCUGCUUGACGAGAAAUCUAACACGUACUAUUGGUAUGGAGAAUAUAAAGAUGGACCGACUUACCAUGCUCACAAGAAAGGACCAGCUAGAGUUGAUAUAAUAGGGGUUGGUUGUUACUCUUCAAAGGACUUAUGGACAUGGAAAAAUGAAGGCAUUGUACUCGGAGCUGAAGAAACAAACAAGACCCAUGAUUUGCAUAAAUCCAAUGUUCUUGAGCGACCCAAAGUGAUCUACAAUGAAAAGACAGAGAAGUAUGUGAUGUGGAUGCAUAUCGACGAUGCAAACUACACUAAAGCUUCAGUUGGUGUAGCCAUUAGCAAUAACCCGACAGGUCCUUUCGAGUAUCUAUACAGUAAACGUCCACAUGGGUUCGAUAGUCGGGACAUGACUGUCUUCAAAGACGACGAUGGUGUUGCUUACCUGAUAUAUUCGUCUGAAGUCAACAGUGUGCUUCAUAUUGGACCUUUAACGGAAGAUUACCUCGAUGUGACACCGGUUAUGAAGAGAGUUAUGGUGGGACAACACAGGGAAGCUCCAGCUAUCUUCAAGUAUCAGAAUAUUUAUUACAUGGUCACUUCCUGGUGCACUGGUUGGGCACCAAAUGAAGCCUUGGCUCAUGCGGCUGAAUCUAUAAUGGGUCCAUGGGAGAAAUUGGGGAAUCCGUGUAUCGGUGGUAACAAUGUUUUCCGGUUAACAACAUUCUUUGCACAGAGCACUUAUGUGAUUCCAUUACCGGGUGUUCCCGGUACGUUUAUAUUCAUGGCAGAUAGGUGGAACCCGGCUGAUUUGCGAGAUUCCAGAUACGUGUGGUUACCGUUAGUUAUAGGUGGACCUGCUGAUCAGCCUUUGGAGUUCAGUUUCGGGUUCCCAUUGUGGUCGAGAGUGUCUAUCUACUGGCACAGUAAAUGGCGGCUGCCUUAAAAGACAUACGAAUAACCGAAUAUGUUCUUACCGAUCCCUCUGUGCUUAUCAUUGUUGUUGAUUUGUUUUGUAGAUUAGGCAUUCAUACACACCAUUGUAAGGAUUAUACUUUAUAA